UAUUCAAAAAAGGCAAGAGAAGGACAGAGUCACAGAAAAAAGCAGGGGCAUGCGGACAUUACAUAGGGUGCAUUAGACAUUAGAUAGUUUCAUGCUUUGAUUGUAUGAAUGAGAAAAAAGGCCUUAUAGAGUGACUAAAGGGAAGGUUUGUCUGUUGGUAGGAGAAGGAAGUCAGAAUAGAAGUUUUGUGGGGUAGGUUUGUUUAGAACAGAAAUCAAAGACAAACUUUUCUGAGAGGAAGAACAUCUGCAAAUGAAAUGCUGUUUCUGCAACUUCCAUUGCUCCUGGUUCUCCUCCCAGGUGGUGACAAUGAAGAGGGCUUCCAGGAGCCAAUCUCCUUCCAAAUCAUCUGGAUCUCAUCCUUUUACAACCGUUCCUGGGAAGAAGAGGUUUGUUCAGCUUGGUUGGGAGAGUUGCAGACUCACAGAGUUGAAGGGAAAUCUGACAUAGUCAUUUACCAGCAGCCUUGGUCCAAGGGCAACUUCAGCAGGGAGGAUCUGAUGGAAUCGGAACAUAUACUUCGUAUGUUUUUCAUUAGAUUUGUUCAGGCGUUUUUCAAUCAUGCCAGUCAAUGGAAGCUUGAAUAUCCCUUUGAUGUACAGAUAGCAGGAGGCUGUGACCUGUACCAUGGUGAAACCUCAGUAGGCUUUGUGAGGAUUGCUUAUCAAGGAUCCGACUUUGCCAGCUUCCAGAAGAAUUCAUGGUUGCCCUCUCCAAAAGGGGGAACUAGAGCUCAGCUUGUCUGCAAACUAUUCAAUUUGUACCAAGGCACCCUGGAAAUAAUACAGAAGUUGCUCAGUGACACUUGCCCACGUUUUGUCUUGGGUCUUCUUGAUGCAGGGAAGGCAGAUCUCCAGCGACAAGUAAGACCUGAGGCCUGGCUGUCCUCUGGCCCCAAUCCCAGUCCUGGCCAUCUGAUGCUGGUUUGUCACGUCUCUGGCUUUUACCCAAAACCUAUUUGGGUGAUGUGGAUGCGGGGUGAGCAGGAGCAGCCUGGCACUCAGCAAGGUGACAUCCUGCCCAAUGCGGAUGGGACGUGGUAUCUUCGAGUAACCCUGGAUGUGGCGGCUGGGGAGGCAUCUGGCUUGAGUUGCCGAGUGAAGCACAGCAGCCUAGAAGGCCAGGACAUCAUCCUUUACUGGGGACAACACAGCUCCAUGGGCUGGAUCUUCUUGGCAGUGAUUGUGCCCCUGGUGCUCCUGAUAGGUCUUGCAUUUUGGCAUAGGAAGCACUGGAAACACUGUGACCCUUCAAGUGCUCUUCACCGCUUGGAAUGAGAUCCCAGCCGCCCAGGAGCUCAGGGAUGUAUCUAAACACAGCACAGUCACUCCGUCCUUUCAAUUCUCCUUGUACAGCUUUAGUUGUUGUUUAUUUUUGCUUAAUGAUCAAUAGUCAACAUAAGCUAAAUGUGAUUUUGCAGGAUUUGUUGUUCUAACCUGCAUUAUGGGACUUGAAAAUUCAAAAUUUAAACUGUCUAUGGCAUGAUGUCCUAGGGACCUUUAUGUCUUCAAAGUCAAGUAGAUUAUCAGGCUUAUAUCAGAUGUCACUUCCUCCAGAGGUCUUCCCUGAUUCACAAGUGGAAGCUGUCUCUGCCUUGACUGAUCUCCCACCACAUUGUAACAGGACUUUGCUAAAGCUACUUCUCACUUUAGACCCUUUCUUACUAUUGUUUAGACUCCCUUUCUCCUAAUUUUUCAACCUUCUGAAGAGCAAAUUCCAAGUGUUUUUACUGUUUGUAUCCUUGGCGAAAUAUCUUACUUGCAUGUAAUAUGCUCUCAGUAAAAUUCUGUGUUAAAUUUAU